AUACAAUAGAAAACAUUUGACAAAGUAUUAUAUUAGAUAUAAAAUGAAUUAUUUGUCGUCAAUUUAUAAAAUUAACCCUAAAAUAAAUUUUAAUAAUUACCGAUAUAUAAGAUAUUAUUCACAAUUAGGACCUCAACUACCAAAAUGUAAUUUUAAUGCAAAAAAUAAUAAACCAAAAUUAUCCGCAACAGACAUCGAGAGUAUUCAUAAAUUGAAUUUAAAUCCAUGUCUUAAACCGUGGUAUCGGAAACCUGUUGUCAUUAAACAGGGAUAUAUGCAAUAUGUUUGGGAUAAUGACAACAAAAGAUAUUUAGAUAUGUUUGGAGGAAUAGUGACCACAAGUAUCGGUCACUGUCAUCCAAAACUAGUAGAGGAAACAACUAAACAGUUGAGCAAAUUAUGGCACACAAGUAGUAUCUAUUAUAAUGAAGAGAUUCACGAAUACGCCAAAGCAUUGGCUGAAAAACUUCCCGAUUCUCUCAAUAAUAUAUUCUUUUGUAAUUCCGGUUCUGAAGCCAAUGAUAUCGCUAUUUUGAUGGCCAGAUUAUAUACAAAAUCCUAUGAUAUAAUAUCAUUGCGUAACGCCUAUCACGGCGACUCUUUAAGCACUCAACCACUUUGUGGAGUUCAGAGUUGGAAAUUCCCGAUUCCUUUACAUUUUGGUGUCCAUCACUCUACUAAUGCCGAUCCAUAUAGUGGACGAUACGGCGGUUCCAAUUGUCGGGACUCUAUAGUACAGACAACCCGUCACUGUGAAUGUGCUCUUAAUGAAUGUAAUGCCUGCGACCGAUAUAUUGAGGACUUCCAACAGUUAUUUGACUCGACACUACCGAAGAAGAUCUGUGGGUUCAUCGCUGAAUCAAUUCAAGGAGUUGGAGGAGUCGUACAAUUCCCAAAAGACUUUCUUAAACGAGCCUAUCAUUUGGUCCGUCAACGCCAUGGAGUUUGCAUUGCUGAUGAAGUUCAGACAGGAUUUGGUCGAACCGGAACUCAUUUCUGGGGUUUUGAGGGUCACGGAGUUGUGCCGGAUAUUGUAACGAUGGCAAAGAGUAUCGGAAAUGGUUUUCCAUUAGCAGCUGUGGCCACCACUUCAGAAAUUGCUAAGACUUUAACUGAAGCGUCAUAUUUCAAUACAUUUGGUGGAAAUCCUUUAGCCUCGUGUGUUGGACUCAAUGUUUUAAAGAUAAUAGAAGACGAAAAUCUUCAGAAUAAUAGCCAUAAAAUGGGUACAAAAUUGUUAAGAGAUUUGCAGAAAUUGCGAGACAAUUAUCCAGAUAUUGUGGGAGAUGUCAGAGGAAAGGGACUAAUGAUUGGCGUCGAGUUGACCAGUGAUACGAAAUUAAGAAAACCAAUGAUUAAGUCUGAUUUUGAUGAGAUUUUGGAGAACUGUCGAGAUAUGGGUUUAUUAAUAGGCAGAGGAGGUCCAAACGGUAAUGUGUUUCGCGUAAAGCCUCCGAUGUGUAUCAAUGAAGAAGAUAUCGAUUUCACAAUCAAUGUCUUACAAAAAGCAUUUGAUUUACAUAAAGAAAAAAUUGUUAAAAAACAAUAAAUAAAUAAAUAUAAUAAUUAUUAAAUGAGAAAAUAUUUUUA